AUGGCUCGAGUUUACUCUCUAACCAAGCAAGAGGCUCUGGCAAAUAAUGAUGUGGUGUCAGGUACUAUACCUAUAUUUUCUACUUUUGCUCGAGUUCUAUUUGAUUCUGGAGUUUCGCAUUCUUUUAUUGCUACACAAUUUGUUAGAAAGAAGGGGUUGCCAUGUGAUGCACUAGAGCAUGAAAUGUAUGUUAGCACACCGGGAGAUAUCAUUCUAAUAUCUAAUAAGUAUUGCAAAUGUAAGAUAAACAUAGUGGAUAUGGAGCUUUUAGUGGAACUGAUUAUCCUUAAUAUGCAUGAUUAUGACAUCAUUUUAGGAAUGAAUUGGUUAUCUAGAAAUCAUGCAUCUAUUCUGCAUCUAGAGAAAAUGGUGGUGUUUAGAAUUCCCGAUCAAUCGGAGUUUUGCUUUGAGGGUAGUAAGGUGCAAAAACCUAUGCACAUUAUAUUAGCCCUUCAAGCUCAUCUCAUGUUGAGGAGCGGGUGCACUAGUUUUCUAGCAUCAGUGAAAGACUUAAGCUAG